AGAAGAAGCGGAAGUCUGAUUGACUGUUUCCAAGGAGACCACCAAUACUACUGAGCGCUGGGCUGCUGGUCAGUGCUGAGGGUCAAAGACCGCCAAGAUGUCAUUUUUAUUCGACUGGAUCUACAGGGGGUUUAGUAAUGUUUUACAGUUCUUAGGUCUGUACAAAAAGUCAGGGAAGCUGGUUUUCCUGGGCCUGGACAAUGCUGGUAAAACAACACUCCUACACAUGUUGAAAGAUGACCGACUUGGCCAACACGUGCCAACGCUGCAUCCAACUUCUGAAGAGCUGUCAAUUGGUGGGAUGACCUUUACUACAUUUGAUCUGGGGGGACAUGUACAAGCUCGAAGAGUGUGGAAGAACUACCUGCCAGCUGUGAAUGGAGUCGUCUUUCUCGUAGACUGUGCAGACCACGACAGACUCUCAGAAUCCAAGACUGAACUCGAUGCUCUCCUAGGGGACGAGACCAUAGUCAACGUACCAGUGUUGGUGUUGGGUAAUAAAAUUGACCGCCCUGACGCCGUCAGCGAAGGAGGACUGAGAGGAGCUUUUGCUCUUGAUGGUCAAGUUACCGGAAAGGGAAAUGUCUCUUUGAAGGAGCUGAACGCCCGGCCGCUGGAGAUUUUCAUGUGCAGCGUGUUGAAAAGACAAGGCUACGGGGAAGGUUUCAGAUGGUUAUCACAGUACAUCGACUGACACGCAGCACUGAAGCUUAACCGGAAGGGAGUUUCUUGACACACAUUUUUUUAUGAGACUCUGUCUCUUUGCCAGUGUCAAUCAGCCCAAAUUUCAAACUAUAUUAUUAUUAAGAGCUUAUUCUUUUUAAUGCUUUAUUCUGGAUUUAAAGGUUUCUAUGCAAACUUUUAAAAGUGGUUCAUGGUGAACUGUCUUACCUGUGUUAUUAAUGUGAGAAUUAACUGAGUUGUCUAACUCCAUGGCAAGUUAAUUAGGUUACAUCCAAAGGUUACAUCAUACCUUAAUUACAACACACGAGCAGACGUACAUUAUGCACGAAUGUAGAUACGUACACAUUAGUUUUGCAUUACUUAAUAUGGAAUAACUAACUUUUUAU